ACCCAACCAUUUGCAAUGCAUUUAUUUGGCCACCAGCAAAUUUUUUCUCAAUUACCACAGGCAGACGAAUCGCGUGUCGAAGCUGAGCAGCAGGAGCAGGCGCAGCAGCACCACGAGCAGCAGGAACAGGAUCAGGUCGAGCARCAGCAGCAGGAGCAACCGCAGCCAGAGAUAAUCGAGGCGGACACCAUUGCCGAUACGAUUGACGCGGGAACCAUUGAUAACGAUAACGACGCCGUCGUGGAGCGCAUUGACGAUUACGACGACGAGGAGGACGAAGGCGGUGACGACGACCUCGAAGCGGAGGAGGAGGAGGUGCUGGAGGAGGAGGAGGCCGCCGUUGAAGUUGACGUUGACGCUGUCGUUGCUGGACAGCAGCAGGCAGCCGGAACACCACCGCCACCAGCAGCAAGCGCUGCCGUAGCAGUAGCAGCUGCAUCAGCGUCAGGAUCCGGAUCAGCCAGUGGUCAGCAGCGACUUCAUUCUGUUGCCGUUUUGCCCAGCUAUUCCACGGCGCGUGCCCCACUGCCACCAUUACUGCGUGCGCCGCGCAGCAAUCACAACAACAACAGCAGCAGCAGCAAUAACAACAACAACAAUAAUACCAGCAACAACAACAAUAACAACAAUACCAGCAGCAGCAACAACAGCAGCAGCGCCGCAUCGAGUUCACGACGCACGCGUCACUUCUACAGCAACAACGGCAGCCACUUCAGCAACGAUAUGUACGCCGGCGGCCACAAAUCGAGCAGCCAGAGGGAUGGGCACAGCCAGAGCCACAGUUCAUCUCGGCAGGCCAGUGGCAGCGGCGGAGGUGGUGGCGGGAGCGGCACACGAAAUGCAAAUCAAUCGGGUCAUCAGGGCGUCGAUCCCUUGCGUCUGCUCUAUCCGAAUGUGAAUGAGAACGAGACGCCGCUGCCACGCUGCUGGAAUCCACACGACAAGUGCCUCAACAUCGGACUCUCGCACAACAAUCUGCGUGUCACCUACAAAGGCGUGGGCAAACAGCACAGCGAGGCAGCUGGCUCUGUGCGCACCGCAUACCCAAUACCACCGUCCUGUGGCCUAUAUUACUUUGAGGUGCGCAUCAUUUCCAAGGGUCGCAACGGUUACAUGGGCAUUGGACUGACCGCUCAGCAGUUUCGCAUGAAUCGUCUGCCAGGUGGGGAUAAGCAGUCGUAUGGCUAUCAUGGCUACGAUGGCAACUCGUUCAGCUCUUCGUGCAAUGGGCAGUCGUAUGGACCCACUUUCACCACCGGCGAUAUAAUUGGCUGUUGUGUUAAUUUUCUGAACAACACUUGUUUCUACACCAAGAACGGCUUCGAUCUGGGCAUCGCAUUUAGAGACUUGCCGACCAAACUCUAUCCGACGGUGGGCCUGCAAACGCCCGGCGAGGAGGUAGAUGCCAAUUUUGGCCAAGAGCCCUUCAAAUUUGAUAAAAUUGAGGAAAUGAUGCGAGACAUGCGCGCCACUAUCCUGCGCAAAAUCGACAGAUAUCCGCAUCUGCUGGAAACUCCCGAAAAUCUAAUGAACAGGCUGGUCUCCACAUAUUUGGUGCAUAGUGGUUACUGCAAGACAGCUGAGGCCUUUAAUGCCUACACACAUCAACCCUUCGACGAGGACUUGGCCUCAAUCAAGACACGUCAAAAGAUAAUCAAGCUCAUACAAACAGGCAAAAUGAGUCAGGCCAUUGAGAAUACGCUACGCGCAUAUCCGGGCCUCCUCGAGAACAAUAAAAAUCUUUGGUUUGCGCUCAAGUGUCGCCAAUUCAUUGAGAUGAUCAAUGGCGCUGAUAUUGAGCACGCCAAUAACAAAGUGACCGCCACCACACAGACCAUGCCCACAAAUCAAACGUCAGUCAUACAGUCGACCAAGGCGUUCAAGCACAGCAAAACCGGCGGCAAUAUUAGCGGCAGCGCCAGCGGCAAUGGCAGCGCCAGCACCAACACUAACACCAACCAGCCACAAAACAACACUGCGAACUCAGCUGUGAUAAAACCAGGCGAUAAAACAGAUCCCAAAAUCAUGAUUAUUGAUGACAACUCCAACAAGUGUCCGGAGCAUGAUUCAAAUAGCAUGGAUGUGGAAAUGGAGCCUUGCAACAGUCACUCCAAUGGCGACUCCUGUUCAAAUGGCAAUGCCAGUGUAGCACGUAACUCUCUAGAUGCCAUCGAUGAGGAAAUGGAUGUAGAUAUAUCGCCCUCAUCGCGCAAUUAUGGGCGUGUCAUUGAAAAGAUAUUAGAAUUUGGCAAGGAACUGUCUAGCAUGGGCCAGCAGCUAGAGAAGGAGAACCUCAUGACUGAAGAGGAGCGUCAAAUGUUGGAGGAUGCAUUUAGCUUGAUUGCCUACUCAAAUCCUUGGUCCAGUCCCUUGGGCUGGCUAUUGUGUCCCUCGCGACGUGAAAACGUCUCCACCACGCUCAACUCAGCCAUAUUAGAAUCGCUCAAUUUUGAGCGUCGGCCACCGCUGGAGUAUUUGGUGGCGCAUGCGGCUGAGCUACUGAAACUCAUCGGACAGAAUUCGUUGGGCGAGGAUGCUUUCAUUACCAUCGACGAUGUGUUCCCGCAAAAUUGACCCAGUUCGCCGACGCUGCUGAAGA